GGAUGGGUCGAUGGUGGAUAUUUGAUCUGUGACAGGUUCAUCAUUUUAUCCUCCCUUCCGUCAACAGAAGACCAACAAAAGACAGCAGACGAACAUAAUAAAGACAGACGAGCGUUCCGGAAAUGUUGAUUACUAGGUCUGAUUUACAGUUAUGAACAUUUACUAAUAGCAGUCAAUAUUUGACUGUUUGUCAGGCGAUGCGCUUCUUUCUUCUCCGCACGUGCCUCCGUUCCCACAGAUUCACGAGAAAAAACGCGCUAGAAACUUGCAACUUGCGCGCACUUCCUGACAACCAUCGAUACAGCUCUGCUGAAUUUUUUGUGAGAUCACGCUCUGCACGUGCUUAUAUCUAGUGAAAUUUGAUUGCUGGUCAUUACUAUAUCGGAGAUUUCUAAGACAAGGCGGUCAAUAGCAGAAGAUUACAGGAGACACAGAACAGUAUCCGGUUCAUCAGUCGCUUUACUACUUCACCAUGUUAUAUAUCUACUUUGAUAUACUACUUUAAGAGAACAUCUAUAGUACUAUAAAAACCUUGUCAUAUGAGUGAAAGGGUUUUUCGUGGAAUAAAAUGAGGACUUUAUAUUGACUAGCGUUAGUAUGUGAGAUAAUAAAUUUCUACAAUCAAAAAUAUGGAAGUGUAUGAAGUACUCAGAUUCACCGAAAUUGCAUUUUGUUUUCUUGGAGUUCUUUGCAAAGGCUUCAUUGCGCGGGAAUCCACCACACGAAUCUAUGAUAUUAAAGAUAUAAUGGCAGUAGAACCUAGCUUUGAUGUGCCUAUCGUCAACAUAACCGUGGUUGCUGGUAAAACGGCUGUUCUUCCCUGUUCCAUUGAGUCGUUAGGAGAAUUCAAGGUGGUAUGGACCGAUCGGUGGUCCACAUUGCUGACAUAUGGGGAUCGUCGAAUCAUCAACGAUGAAAGAAUUUCGGUAGAAAGGCCCCGUCUGAGGGACUGGAAUUUACUUAUUCGUGAAGUACAAUAUACUGACCAGGGCAAUUAUGUAUGUCAGAUCAACACGUUGCCCAUUAAAACAAAUUCAGUCCUCCUGAACGUGUUGGUUCCGCCCGAAAUUUUGGACUCUUCAAGUAGUGACAUGACGGCAAAGGAAGGUGACACAGUGACCUUGACCUGUAAUGUCACUGGUAUCCCAAGGCCAACCGUGCAAUGGUUUAGGAAGCCACAUGCGGACAGUCGAGACCAACAUAAAGAAAGAGUGAAGACGACUACCCACGGUCACUAUGGUAACCAGCUGUCAGAUGACCACUGCUUAUACACAGUCAGUCAUCGAGUGUUCGAAGUAGAGUUGACUUCCGCUCCGAUAGCCACGGUUAUCGGACAUGAUCCGGUGGUAAAUAAUGGGGUGGGGAUUAACGGGGAGAUCCUGAUUAUUCACAAUGUAUCCAGGUAUUGUGAUGGAAUCUAUGAGUGUGUGGCAUUCAAUGACGUCCCUCCAGCCGUGAACCGCGUUAUGAGCGUUAUGGUGGAAUUUCCACCAGAAGUAUGGCUGGACAACAGAAGACUGGGACAGUCCAUUGGAAAGGAGACCAUUUUAGAGUGCAAAGUCACCGCCUUCCCACAAGCAGUGUCAGCAUGGCGCUUUCAAAAUAACUUUCUCUCCAACUCGCACAAACACCGCAUCGACAUUUAUCAAGAUAAAGGCCAUACUAUCAUUCUUAGUCUGCGAAUCAUAAACAUUACAAAGGAAGAUUUCGGGCAGUACUCCUGUUAUGCUAGUAAUGCUUUUGGUGAGGACGAGGAGGCAAUGACCUUAUAUGAGUUCAUUCCUGCCACCAAAGCAAAACCAGUGACCACAACACAAAUCCCCUUAUUUACGACAACAACAUUAAGCAAGAGAAACAGGAUAGCAAAGCCCUCAGAAUACGACGACUUCAUCCCAUACAAUCCAAACGGAAACGGACAUAACCCGGGUAAUGAUACAUUAAACGACGGACAACAAGUUGGAAUUAAGUGUACCGGCGCCAUUGUUAGAAUUUGUGCACCAUACUCCAUGAGCAAAAGCAGCGCUGGGCAAACACAUUUAUAUCACAACGGAAAUUGGAUCAUUUUCAUGAUUGUUUCUUUAAAUUUUGUUAUUGACAUUUUCAGUUUUGUGAAAUUAUGAGAAUAAAACCCAGUUUGCAUUUUAGCCUAGCAGUAUUAUUUCAAUUAUUUAUGUCGAGUUUUUUACUCAGUCAAUUUUGUACAGUAUUUAGAAAGUUAUUUUAGAAGAGUUGUAAGAUGGAUGCAUGAUUACUCUCUUUGUUAAUUGAAAAAUAACUGUUGAAUGAUACAUUUGCUUUUCACGUCAUGUAAUUUUAAUAAGAUGGUAUUGUUAGCUUGUUCUUAUUAGCGGAUUUGGAAGUCUUAUCUAUUAUUCAUGAUUCCAUAUGUUAACAGAAAACAUUUCAAUUUUUGUCUGCAUUUUUAUCUCCAGGCCAUGUGUUCCAUUAAGGUCUUGACCCCUGUUUUCUUUUUUAAUACCAAUACUUUUUAAAAACAUUUCGUUUAUGAUCAUUCUGUGUAAAUGUGCGAGAAUUCGUUUUUCUUACUUUGAUAUUUGCACUUUUAUUCAUAUUUUGUUUAAUUAGAAAUGCAUGUAUUUCCCAGGGUAUUUAGUGAUUUUGUAACAACUAAGAUUUCCUUCACAAGAAAGAGCCGAGUAAUCUAGGCUUGCGUUUAUGAUAUUAUUAUUAUGCUUUAUUUUCAUUUCUGCAAUUAUUUAUAUGAAGCACAGUUUAUAGCGACUGUGUGAUUUUAUGUUAACUUUUUCUAUACUUAAAAUUCAGCUUUCAAGAAAGGUAUUGAGAAAAGAAGGAUGAUUGAAUGUAACAAUUUUACCAUAUACGUCUACAGGACAGGAGUAAAAAAUGCAUUUAAACUGAGCAAAGAUUUGCUGAAUUCUUUUUAAAGGAAAAGUUGAAAUAGUUAUGUUUUAAUAACCAUGGAAAGUCAAUCGAUGAGUUACAAAAUGUAAUCUUUUUAAAAGUUUAAACCCUUCAUACAGAAUUUCUUUUUUUCCCUUACAUUUCUGUACAUAUCUUUUGUCAGUUUUUAUUAAGUUUUUAGAAGAUUUAUUCUUGUUCAGAUGACACGUCAUUUCAAAUUAUUGUUUCUCACCUGAAUAAAAGUUAAUUACAUUCUGAUGACCUUGAAGAAUGAACUUGUAAAAGAUGACAAAUUUUUACACCAUCCCUUGCUUGUAUUUUCACUUUUUAGUACAUAACAGCUUACAAUCGAAUAUUAUUUAUAAUUGUUCAGAAAUGAUUUUAAUUUCUGAUGACAAUAAACUUAUUUUUGUAA